AUGGAUCAACAAUGGAAUGAACAACUAUCAUACUCGACACGAAAGAGACAAAGAAGAAGAUUUGAAAUAUUUCAUCUACCUAUUGAAGUAAUCGAGCUUAUAAUUUCCUUCAUACCCGACGACUGCUUGGAAACUUAUGUCGAUAUCCCAUUCUUAGGAGAGCAUGCUAUAAAUAAGCUUUAUCGUUUUAUCGAAAUUGUUUGGUCGCAGUCAACAUAUUCUGAGGGGACGUAUUAUACGCCAAAUGCGUUUAGCUCUAUUGCAAUACCAAAGCUAGAUGAUGGAACUUCUUUAUCAAACCUUCUUAAUGAAGUUGAUGCUUGCGGCGGUUCAUAUAAACAGUUAAAAGUUAAUCAAUUUGUUCAAUUAAGGAAGAAAUAUAACACGUUUAAACCGAAGAUUGUUUAUUUCAAAGACUACAUGCAAUUUGUUUGGUUUCAUGAACGAUAUCCUGAUAUAUUAAGACAAUUGCCAAGAAUAGAUUUUUCAUAUGGACAAGGCUACAAACUUCCACCAUCACUCUUUGAUCCGUCAUACAAAGUUUUUAGACUUUCAACUAAGUUUGGAGGUGGUUGUAGACAUCCGGAUGUUGCCAAUGAACAUCGAUUUCACACAUUAUUGUCCAGCAUCUCGUCACUUACUGCUUACUUUUUUCCAUGGUUUACUGAUGAAAGUUGGCGUGAAACUUGGGGAGUCAAUCUUCAAGACUUAGAGUUGAAUAAAGCUGACCUGGAUCAACUACCUCGUCUUUUUCCUAAUUUGAGAAAGCUAAGAUUGACAGAUAAAAUCAAUUUAUUUCAGACACGUUUCCCUCGCUUGCCAUCAAAACUACAAUUUUUGCAAAUAUAUAUUUCUGAAUUAGAUGAAUUGGAUGUUUCCUACUUAGAAAACUUACGCGAAUUUGUGGCUGAUAUUGGUUGUGGUUUUGAUGAAUUAAGCAAGUUCAAGUUUCCUCUAGGAAUUGAGCUGGUGAUCUUAUGGGGAAUGGAACUUAGUUCUCGUAACAGCUUAGAAACCGCGCAUAGUUCUCCUUACCGCCUAGAAAGCUUGGAUAGUAUUGAGUUGUACACUAAUUUAAAAGAGUUGCGGAUAGGACAUGGCAACAUUAGCUUAAAGACGACGGCAUUUAGCAAUAUUUCCUUGCCUUCCAGUUUAAAAACUCUUGAGAUCUUGCUAUUUGACUUUAUUAAGCAACGUGGUUCUGCUGGGCCACGUGUAACCUUUGAUGAGAGUUUUCAGAUUCCCAACAAUUUAAGGGUCCUUAAUCUAGAUGUUUUCCAAGGAUUGUACCAACCAGAAAAGUUGACAUUUCCAGACUCCCUAAGGGUUUUAAAAAUUUCAAACAAUGGGCUCCAAGAUGCUUGGGAUGAAUCGGUUCCAGAAGAAAAUUGGUCUAGUGCCAGAUUUCCAGAUUCCCUUAUCGAAUUGAAACUUCAUGUCCCUAAGGUUGAUGGAGUUGUAUUACCGAAAUCAUUGCGAAGUUUGGACCUAUAUUCAUUUCUGCCCAUAUCAUCUAUAAGUUUUCUUGAUUUGAAUGAAUUAGUUCAGCUUUCUGUUGCAUGGAAGGGAAUGGAGGAAUUUGUAUACAAAUUACCAUCCAGCUUGCGGACUUUGGAUUUAUCUGAUAAUUACGACCUUGACACAAUCAUCAUUCACGCACCUAAUUUGAAGCGAGUGGAAUUGGCGAACACUAAGUUUGAAAAGAUUGAGAGAUUGAAUUUUCAAUUACCAGAUUGUGUCGAACUGCUUUCAGUAAUGCCAAGAGGUCUUGAUCCAAUCGAGCCCGGAGACGCCCUUGACAUAAUGGAACCAAAUGUUUUGCCAAAGCAGUUGAAGGAGCUAUAUCUAACUAAGUACUAUAUAACUGCUAAGUUAUUAGGAGAAAUGAAAUUAGACUCCUAUAAGAACCUAGUGAAGUUGGACUUACUGGGAAACAAAAUUAGGUUCUUGGAGAGAAGUUUUCCCUUGUCGUUGCGAUGUCUAAUCCUUGAUGGAAAUCCGAUUUCCACGUUGUCUGACCCUAAUGUUUUGUCCGAACUAAGUAACUUACAAGAAAUACGAAUGUCAGAGACCAAGAUCAAUCAGUAUUUGCAAUCAGAGGGAAUGACGUUGAAAUUCCCACCAUCAUUGAAGAUCUUGAAUCUUUCUGAUAAUAAACUAGAAGCCGGUGUUGCGGCCAAUAUAAUUUUACUGAAUUGUUGUGAAUUGCAGGAGUUGUUCUUGAAUAGAAACCCAAACAUGACAGAUGUUCAAAUUAUUAUAGACACUGUCAAGUCAUCAAGCCCAGAUAUGGUCGAGAUGUUGUUGGACUAUCAUGUUAAAGAACAUGUCAAUGAAGAAGGUGCUAAGUUCGUUACGUUUCGCUAG